CCCACUUGCUGUGGAACUUUGUGCCUCAACACUCAGGCAGCACUUUGCGCUCCGGAGCACAUUUCAGCCAGUCAAAUAUCAGUCAGCGUAGCGCACCAGGCUUAAGUCCAGAUCUCGUCAAAUUUUCUGCCGUUAUCAAUACUAAAAAAAAAAAACCGAAAUAUAAUUCUAAAGAUGCGUGACAUGGAGAAAACGAACGAGAUUAAUGGACACGCUGGCAAUCACACAGAAUACCCCAUUCCUGCUGCGGAGGUAGAUAAAGUUUCAAAAAAAAAUUGUCAACUAAACGCUCAGAAGUUGUUAGCUAAUUUUUUUAAAAGAAAUCUUUUGGUCAUAUUGACCGUGUCUGGCGUCCUGGUCGGUGUUGGCAUCGGCAUGGCAGUCAGGAACGUGAACCUCACCCGAGCGCAAAUUACUUAUUUUGCCUUCCCUGGUGAAAUGCUCCUAAGGAUGUUGAAAAUGAUUAUUCUUCCAUUGGUCGUGUGCAGUUUGAUUUCAGGUGCUGCUAGCCUGGACACCAGAUCCUUAGGAAAACUAGGUGGAAUUGCCAUCGCUUACUUUUUGGUGACAACGCUUAUAGCUUCUGGCAUAGCAAUUGCCCUUGCCUUCAUUAUCAAACCUGGAGUUGGUGCUGGGGCACUGAAUACGAACAGUCUAAGAUUAACUGGCACAGUAACCAACAACAAAGAGCCGGUCGACUCCUUUUUAGAUCUUGCAAGAAACCUGUUUCCUGCUAACCUUGUGGCCGCAGCCUUUCGAUCGUAUGCAACUGACUACAAGACUGUCACGACUGGAAAUGCAACUGUUGGAAAUCUUACCUAUGAAAAGAUACCCACUGGCUCAGACAUAGAUGGCAUGAACAUCCUGGGCCUGGUCCUGUUUGCCAUUUUGUUUGGAAUAGCUCUAAGAAAACUUGGACCUGAAGGGGAAGAAUUAAUAAAAUUGUUCAACUCUUUUAAUGAAGCGACAAUGGUCCUUGUAUCUUGGAUCAUGUGGUACGUGCCAAUUGGUAUAAUGUUCCUAAUUGGCAGCAAAAUCUUGGAGAUGGAAGAUGUAGUCCUCCUUGUCACUAGUCUGGGAAAGUAUAUAUUUGCAUCGAUACUGGGACAUCUUAUCCAUGGAGGAAUAGUUCUGCCUCUUAUCUAUUUUGGAUUUACUCGAAAAAAUCCCUUCAGCUUUCUCUCAGGGCUCAUCACUCCUUUUACAACUGCUUUUGCCACAUGCUCCAGUUCUGCUACUCUUCCUUCCAUGAUCAAGUGCAUCGAGGAUAAUAACGGUGUUGACAAGAGGAUCAGCCGCUUCGUCCUGCCCAUUGGCGCCACAGUCAACAUGGACGGGGCUGCCAUUUUCCAGAGCAUUGCUGCCGUCUUCAUUGCCCAGUUAAACAACGUCGAGCUAAAUGCCGGGCAGAUCUUUACCAUUCUUCUUACUGCGACGGCCUCCAGUGUAGGAGCAGCCGGGAUUCCGGUUGGAGGGAUCAUCACUAUCGCAAUCAUACUGGAAGCCAUUGGCCUGCCGACCAACGACCUGUCUCUCAUGUUAGCUGUCGACUGGAUUGUAGACCGGACUACUACUGUAGUAAAUGUAGAAGGAGACGCCUUUGGUGCUGGAAUCCUCCACCACAUCAACCAACAGGAAAUGAAAAAGCAGCAAGCCGAACUGGAAACUGUCAGAGUGGAAGCCAUACCCAACGUCAAGUCAGAGGAGGAGACAUCUCUGCUGGUCACACACCAGAACUUGGGGGUCAUGCCUUCUAGAAAGGGAAACAUGGAGUCAAAAGAGUCUGUACUAUGAGAUUUGAACCCCUCCCCUUAACAUCAGACAAAUGCUGUGUGACUGACAUCGGACGGACACCAUUUUAUAUGUUUUUUUCAUCCCGGUUUGAAAGGUUAGAUGUAUUCAGAUUUUUUUUCUCCUGCACCUUUACAAAUUACAUGAUAUAGCCAUUUUGGUAAUAAUGGUAAACAUCUCUGUGUUCACAAAUGUAUGUGCACAAUCAGUAUGCUGAGUUUUACAGUGAAUGCUGGUAAUAUAAGCAGGUUUUUUUGGACUAUUUUCCAUUUGGGAUAGUACGAGUUAACCUUGUUUUAUGCUCCAGUGCAGUUUGGGCUAGUUUUUCCAAUCUUCUGAAGUGAUUUCUCUUUUCACAUCUGGUAUGUGCUUGAUUCAACCCAGGCUUGCUCUGGAAAGUGUUCCAAGCCUGAACCCCAAGUAAAAGGAAAUCAAACACCAGGUGAAUUUCAUUGGUACACAAAGUAAACCACGACCAUGUUUUAUAAACUGAAAAGGUGUUAUCUUUUCCUCCAGUAAAAUGUUUGUAUUGUUUUUCUUUGUCAAAGGAAAAAGGAAACCACUAGAAAGUAAACACCACUACAGUAUUUCAUUUUUUUUUUCUUUGAACUGUUGUUUGUUUUUUGGCAGGGUGGGUGGGGUAUCUUUUCCUUUCCUGGGGAGGGGGCAGACCCCUUUGAAUUAUUAUCAUUUUUUUUAAAUAGGGUAUUGAAGCUGAGUCAGUCUGGUCUGGAUAGCAGGCGUGGACAGGUUCAUAGCUCAGUGUUAAUGGUGAGUGCUAACCAUGGCCUAACAUUAACUCUAUUAUUGGAAUUAUCUCCAGGUCCCCAAUUUAUGUGAUGAAUAUUGUCACAUGUGACUUGUUACCAGGAACAAGUGUAAACUGCAUUUUAUUUUCAAAAUAUGCAUAUAAUAAUAAUCAACAAUCAUAAUAUAUGGUAGACCAUUUUAUUGAUGUGAUACAGCCACCUGAGAUUUCUUACAAGUCCUUUAUCAUUUUAAUGUAUUUCUCAAGACUUUUUGCGCUUUGAAUUGGAUGAAGCCCAAUCCUGCCACAACUUUGUGGAUUAAAUACCUGUGGGGAGUUAUUAGGAAACCACGUGACCCUUCCAGUGCACAGGAGAGGGAUGUUUAGGUUACAGGCAUACACUGGUGACACAGGGAGGGCAUCUACAAUGUGACCGGAUAAAUGGACUUCACCAAAGUCAAAGUGAAAAUCUGUAAAGCUAAAUGUCUACAAAAGAACGAUAGGGACUACCGAGGGUAAGAAAUAUUUUAGAACUUUGGUUGUUAAACUAUUAAUAAGUGGACAUGCCCUUAUUACGCUUCAAAUAUGGGUGGUGAGGGUCAGCAGAGAAGCUGUCUAGCUUGUAUACAAUGUGUUUCUCAGUGCUGUGUUGAAUACAUGUUAUAAUAUAUGAAUUGUAUAUUCCACAACUAAUAAAGAUGAAAG